AUGGCUAUUCCCGCACCCAACUCAGAUAUUGAUUGGGCUAAACUGCAGCUCACCGACCACUUGCCUCUUAAUGGGCACGUAGAGGCACGGUUUUACCAGUCAACCAAGCAGUGGACUGCGCCUACACUGGUAACCGACCCCAAAAUCGCCAUUUCUGGCAUCUCACCAGCGCUAAACUACGGUCAACAAUGUUACGAGGGUCUCAAAGCUUUUCGCACGCCAUCCGAUAUUGUUGUGUUUCGGCCAGAGUUUCACGCGAAACGAAUGGCAGGCUCCGCUGCGGCUGUCUGCCUCCCGCCGCCCCCAGAAGAGCUCUUCCUUGAGUGUAUUCGUAUGGCUGUAGCUUCCAAUGGGGAGUAUGUGCCACCGGAAAAUUCACAAGGCUUCUUGUAUAUUCGACCCGUCCUCUUUGGCAGCAGCGAUGGACUACUCUUGGGGCCUUGCGAGGAGACCAUUUUUGCCGUAUACUGCCAUCCGGCCGUCCCAUACCAUGGGAUUGGCGGAGGCAUCAAGGGUGUCGUGUGCGAAGACUUUGAUCGUGCAGCCCCCAAAGGUGUUGGUUACUUCAAAGUUGGUGGAAAUUAUGCUCCUGAUGAAAAGCCCUGUAACCUGGAUGUUUAUUGUCAGAAUGGGUCACUUAUUACGGGUACAAAUUACUUCUCAGGAUCGGGUGCCGACAUCAAGGUUUGGUGGCUUCGUCCUAAUUUUGGGGAGGUCUCAGGUGACCUCACCUUGCCUAGGUUGGGCUUUUGGUCUGCGUGGAUGGAGCUCGCUCGAGGACCGGCUGGCCGGCUUGGUGCAAUUGUGUCUAGCGCCAAUCGUGGAUUGAAUUAUUUUGAGGACGGAUGUACCUUUGCCACGACGGCACACGGGGAAACAAUGUCUCCUCUCGCUGAUGCCGGCGAUGUUCUCCGAGAUGCCGCCCAUCUCGCCGCGGAACAAGAGGUAUCCAGGGGCCGCAAGAGGUCCCGAAGCACAUCCAGAGCUACAACCUCCAAGUCCCUUUUUAGACCCGACGAGUCUAGCACACUUCGAGGACGAUCACCACGCCGUGCUACGUCUCCAUUCCCGCUGCCCUCUCGCAACACCUCUCCCUCUAUCCUGAGGUCGCCUACAAGCCAGAUCUUACUGUACAACCAACUCAGACGGGCUCGCCGGGAGCACUGUCCAUCCCGCACUGCCUCUCCUAGCGACCGAAGCUUCAGACGACGUCAAAGGACAAGAAGCCGAAGCCGAAGCCGAAGCAGAGGAUCUCGACGGGACCACGAACCUGUUCGGUCUCCUGAUAUCCUCUCUAGCUUGAGACACGAAGUCUUGUACGGACAUGCCGAUGACACAGAUAACAAAGCCCAGGCAUGA